UGGCGGCCGGGUUGGCUGUGGCCGCCCAGAGGCUCCUGCCAGUCCUCCCACUGACUACACCCCGGGAAGGAGGAGCUUCGGGCGCGCACAAGGCGUCAGAAUCCUCAAUUUCCAACUUAGCAUCUUGGCAGGACCUUUGCGAAGCCAAAAGCAGAGCCCCCCGGUGCAAAGAGCGAGGGGGAAAAGAAAGCAGCCAGGGAAGGGAGGGGGGGAAAGCCGAGCCGGGGCGAGUGGGGCGCGUAGAGGAGCGGGCGCAACCAUCGCAGCCGGAGGCGCGCGGGAAGCUAAAGAGGAGGCGCUGCGGGCCGGAGCCCCGGAGCCGGGGCUCGAAGAGCGGCGGCCCAGGGCAGCCAGAGGCCAGGUGCCCGCCCGAUCGCCCUCGCAGGGCGCCGCCCGGCUCGUUGGCGGCCGCGGCGCGGCGCGCCCCAUGCCCGUGUGUGGCCAUGUCCUACCCGCAGGGCUACUUGUACCAGCCGUCCGCUUCGCUGGCGCUCUACUCGUGCCCGGCGUACAGCACCAGCGUUAUUUCGGGGCCCCGCACGGAUGAGCUCGGCCGAUCGUCUUCGGGCUCUGCGUUCUCGCCCUACGCUGGCUCCACUGCUUUCACGGCGCCCUCGCCGGGCUACAACUCGCACCUCCAGUACGGCGCGGACCCCGCGGCUGCCGCCGCCGCUGCUUUCUCCUCGUACGUGGGUUCUCCCUACGAUCACACACCCGGCAUGGCGGGAUCCUUGGGGUACCACCCUUACGCGGCGCCCCUGGGGUCCUACCCAUAUGGGGACCCCGCGUACCGGAAGAACGCCACACGGGACGCUACAGCUACCCUCAAGGCCUGGCUCAACGAGCACCGAAAGAACCCCUACCCCACCAAGGGCGAGAAGAUCAUGCUGGCCAUCAUCACCAAGAUGACCCUCACCCAGGUGUCCACCUGGUUCGCCAACGCGCGCCGGCGCCUCAAGAAGGAGAACAAGAUGACGUGGACGCCGCGGAACCGCAGCGAGGACGAGGAGGAAGAGGAGAACAUCGACCUGGAGAAGAACGACGAGGAUGAGCCCCAGAAACCCGUGGACAAGAGUGACCACGAAGGCCCGGAAGCAGGAGGAGUCGAGGAGAAGGCGGCCGCAGGCUGCGAACGGCUGCAGGGGCCGCCCACCCCCGCCGGCAAGGAGACCGAAGGCAGCCUCAGCGACUCGGAUUUUAAAGAGGUGCCUUCCGAGGGGCGUCACGAUGCGCAGCCCGGGGCCCCUCGCGCCGGCGGGCCCUCCCCAGCUGGGCCAGCGGCGGCGCGGCUGGCGGACGACCCAGCCUCUCACUACCCCACGGGCGCUCCGGGGCCCGGUGCGCACCCGUCCUCGGGAGAGCUGCCCCCAGGCCCCGGCGGACCCUCGGUCAUCCACUCGCCGCCGCCACCGCCACAGCCAGUGGUGCUUGCCAAGCCCAAACUGUGGUCUCUGGCAGAGAUCGCCACAUCCUCGGACAAGGUCAAGGACGGGGGCGGCGGGAACGAGGGUUCUCCAUGCCCACCGUGCCCGGGGCCCGUAGCCGGGCAAGUCCUAGGAGGCAGCCGCGCGUCGCCAUCCCCGGCGCCGUCGCGUUCGCCCUCGGCGCAGUGUCCUUUUCCCGGCGGGACGGUGCUGUCCCGGCCUCUUUACUACACGGCGCCCUUCUAUCCCGGCUACACGAACUAUGGCUCCUUUGGACACCUCCAUGGCCACCCCGGGCCUGGGCCAGGUCCCACAACCGGUCCAGGCUCUCAUUUCAAUGGAUUAAACCAGACCGUGUUGAACCGAGCGGACACUUUGGCUAAAGACCCGAAAAUGUUGAGGAACCCGUCUCAACUAGACCUGUGCAAAGACUCUCCCUAUGAAUUGAAGAAAGGUAUGUCCGACAUUUAACGCGGGCUGCGUCGGUCCCGGACUUCCCUAAUUUAUUAAAAACAUGGCCUUGGCAGUUAUUUUCCCCCCAUCACCGAGAGAGAGAAAGAGAGAGAGAAAGAGAGAGUGAGAUAGAGAGAGAAAAACUAUCCUUCCUAUUCAAAAGUUUAUAAUCAGUGGGGAUGGAUGGCAUAAAAAUGUAAAACAUCUCCACAUACACAAAAAUGUCUUAACCAACUGAGAAGAAAAAUUAAAAAGAGAAUUUGUAUUAAAUCUUAUUCUGUAUAUUUAAUGUAGCAUUUUUGUAUUUAAAUUGAUAAUUCAAUAUCUUUGAAGUAAAUUAUGAAAUCAAGACACUUGUACAGGCAUUUAAUGUUUUUUUGUAAUAUAAAUAUAUACAUUUGUGUUCCUCCCUCCCAAAACUGUUUCAUAGUUUAAAAAAAUACAAGUUUAAUUUAAUUUUUUACACCUAUUGAUUUUUCUGGGUAUGAGCUAAAGUAUUAUUACAGAAAGGAAACAGGUUAUACACUUAGAUUUAAAAGGUAAAAGAAACUGCAGCCGCCUUUGUAAAAAUGCAAAAAAAAUAUUUAAUUAAAAGAGAUUUUAACAUAA